CGAAGGUCUCUUUUUACUAUCAAACUAUCCAAGAACUAGAAAAUGAGUGUCGUCGAACGUAUUAAGGAAAUCGAAAAUGAAAUGGCAAAGACCCAAAAGAAUAAGGCCACUUCUUACCAUUUGGGUCAAUUGAAGGCAAAGCUUGCCAAACUUAAGCGUGAAAUUAUGACACCUUCAGGAGGUGGCGGUGGUGGCGGUGUUGGUUUCGAUGUAGCAAAAACUGGUGUUGCUCGUAUUGGUUUUGUUGGUUUUCCUUCUGUAGGCAAGUCAACCUUGAUGUCUAAACUUACUGGUACUCAUUCUGAAGUUGGGGCUUAUGAAUUCACUACUUUAACAACUGUACCUGGUGUUGUCCAAUACAAGGGUGCCAAACUUCAAAUUCUUGAUCUUCCUGGUAUUAUCGAAGGUGCCAAAGAUGGUAAAGGUCGUGGCCGUCAAGUAAUUGCAGUUGCUCGUACUUGUUCUUUGAUCUUUAUUGUAUUGGAUGUACUCAAACCUAUGACUGACAAGAGGAUUAUUGAAAAAGAAUUGGAAGGAUUUGGUAUUCGACUUAACAAGAAACCUCCUGCGAUUAUAUUCAAGAAAAAGGAAAAAGGUGGAAUCAAUAUGACCAAUACAGUUCCAUUGACCCAAAUUACUCAAGAUGAAGUGAAAGCUGUGCUUAGUGAAUAUCGUAUCCACAAUGCUGACAUUUCCUUCAAAGAAGAUUCCUCUAUCGAUGAUCUUAUUGAUGUUGUCGAAGGCAAUCGUAUCUAUAUCCCUUGUAUCUAUGUUCUCAACAAAAUCGAUCAAAUUUCUAUUGAAGAAUUGGAUCUCAUUUAUAAGAUUCCCAAUGCGGUACCUAUUUGUGCCCACCACGAAUGGAACUUUGAUGAAUUACUAGAAACUAUGUGGAAGAAACUUGCCUUAGUACGAAUCUAUACGAAACCAAAAGGACAAUUACCAGAUUAUGAACAACCUGUCGUACUUACAUCUGAAAAAGCAUCAGUGGAAGACUUUUGUAAUAGUAUUCACAAGGCUAUUUUGGAUCAAUUUAAAUGUGCAUAUGUAUGGGGUUCUUCAGUGAAACAUAAUCCUCAAAAGGUUGGUAAGGAACAUAUACUCCAAGAUGAAGAUGUGGUGCAAAUUGUUAAAAAGGUGUAGUUUAGUUUACUAUUUAUUUUGUUUGAUACAAGUUUUUAUGAAUAAAUAAUUUUUCAACACCAUGAA